AGGAGCAGGCUACAGAAGGACACCCGUGAAUUGGUGGGCAGUAGCAAGAGAAUUUUAGAUUGUCCGGAACGUUCUACAAAAGAGGGUCCACUGUUAUUGUCUUGGAGUGCGUAAGGCACGAGCAAGGAGGCAGCCUUUCGAAUGCAGGGAGGGGCUGAUUGAGUGGACUAGGCUGAGGUCUGCAGGGGAGAGCAGGACACAGGGGGGAAUAUGUCGGAGUCAACACCAGUGGAAGGGGGGCCGAGGAAGCCCUCGACCAACAAGAACAUCAAGAAGCUGCGGGCUAUAAGUACAGUGUGCGGUCUGGCGCGCAGCUGGCAGAAAUGGGUCUCCCAGAACGAGGAGAAGCAGUCGACCGAGCCUACAGGAUGGUCACCCGGUGACCCGGACCCCCCACCGGGUGAGAUGAGGAAGCCCCUGCCCAAGGUGGCGCCGCUAAAACCACCAGCUAGUGAGGCAGGGGAUGACGACAACGAAGGGGGCAUCAAGACCGCGCUGGUGGUGAAGACUGUGCAGAGCAGCGUGACAGAGAGGAGCUCCGGGGUGGGCAUGCUGGCCGAGCGGCUCGGGAGGGACCCCUCGGCCGGCGACGAGGUGGACCGCCUGCUGAACAGGAAGCAGUCGCCGACGCGCCGCCGGAUGGGCGGCACCGUGUCCCAGAUGACCAAGACUCUGAAGGAGACGCGGAGGAAGAAGAGCGACACGGACGACAGCGGCUUCUCGGAGGCUGAAGAGAGGGGUCCAGAAUCAGAGGGAGUAGCCGAGGAUGGGAUCAUGUUGAAAAGGCCUACUGGGCCAGUGCUCCGAAAGACCGGCGAGGACGCCGACAAGAUCAACGCUCUGUCCAAGGUGCACAGUACAGUGGGCAACCUGGCCAGCCGCUGGCAGAACUGGGCCUCGGACCACGAGGUCACCCAGAAGCUCAACCCCUUCAGCGAGGACUUCGACUACGACUACUCCAUGCAGACGCGCCUGCGCAAAGGUGAGGAAGGCUACGGACGACCCAAGGAGGGCACCAAGACGGCAGAACGGGCCAAGCGGGCCGAGCAACACAUCCACCGCGAGAUUGACGACAUGUGCUUUGUCAUCCGGACCAUGGCUGACCCAGACCCAGACGGCCGGACAUACGUGACAUUCGGCGAGCUGUUCGACCGUUACGUGCGCAUCUCCGACAAGGUGGUGGGCAUUCUCAUGAGGGCGCGCAAGCACGGCAAGGUGGCCUUCGAGGGUGAGAUGCUCUGGCAAGGACAGGAUGAUGGGGUCAUCAUCACUUUGCUCGUGUGACAUUGGUGGCAGUGAUGAAAGCAGAGACUCCCCCUUUGUUUUGAUAUGUAAAUUAUGAAUGAAUGCGCUUAGCUGCUAUGGUUUUAUUGAGCUUGUGAAGUGAUCACAGUGGUAUCCACAUUGUUACAUCUGUCAGAUCAACCAUGGAAAUCACCUAAUGCACAUUUACCUCAGACCAACAGAAUAGUCAUACCGUUUGGAGCCCUAUUUUUACUCUCAUGUUUGUGUGUGUGUGCUGCUGAUGGAAUUAGCUUAAUUACAAAGGAAACAAACACCAAAAAGGGAGUGUAAUGCUGAUUAAGAAUCAAUGACUGUGCAACUGUGUUCUAUGUUUUAAGAUUCAGAGGUUUGUGCUUCAAAGUUUUUUGAUAUCAUGCAUUAUUUUGACAUUGUUGUCAGAGGACAUGCAAGACCUACUUCUAGGAUGUUAUGUGGAUUAAAAAAAAAGACCUGAACCGAGGUAGGUAAUAAAUAGUUACACUUUGUA